UUUGUUCAUCCUGCAUGUAGCACACACAGCCGAUCUGACUGGCCCCGGCCAUGUUCCGUUCAAGAACCACGACAACGUUUCGUUUGCCGCCACUUCCUUUUCGUCGUCUUUUCCAUGCUCAGCAUGGCCUUUUGGCAGGCCCGAAUCUACGACACCAAUCUGUUUCUCCAUUCCUGAGUUCCUUUAGAGGCAGCGAUUGUACUCGCAUGCGUUAUCCUUUGCGGUUCUCAACAAUGCCGCCCGAGGAACCAAUCGAGUAUGACUGGAUUGAUGGAGUUGAGUGUCUGGAAUUGUACGAGCCCGAUGGCUACCAUCCCGUGAUGAUUGACACCCUCCUACACGGCCGCUACCGGAUCGUGGACAAGUUGGGAUUCGGCGGCUACUCGACCAUCUGGCUCGCCCACGAUGUCCAGCUACAACGCUACGUCGCUGUCAAAGUGAACAUCUCCGGACCUUCGCUUCCUCGACGCGAGCCCGCCAUUCUCCGCGCCCUGUCCGCAGCUGCCGCGACGCCAAUCCCAUCGACUGUCGACACGGCGGUCAUCGAGGCCUGCGACGCCAUCCCGUGUAUUUUGGACGAGUUCGAGGUCCAAGGCCCCAAUGGCACCCAUGCGUGUUAUACCGUAGCUCCCGCGCAGGGCAAUCUUAGAGAAGCCUCGUUUAGUCGCCUGUUCCCCAUCGACGUCGCCAGGGCGCUCGCGGCAAAGUUGGCGCUUGCUGUCUUAUUUGUUCACUCGCAGGGCAUCGUCCACGGCGAUAUUCAUCUCCGAAACGUCUUGGUGAAACUCCCAUCGUCGUUCGACGACCUCUCGGUUGAUCAGUUCAGGCGCAAGUUCGGCGAGCCCGAGACGGCGCCCAUUCGCCGCGUCGACGGGAAACCGCUCUCCUCCAACGUCCCGACGCACGCCGUGAUGCCUUUGUAUCUCGGGAAAAAGGCCCAGGACUUCACCCUGGACGACGCACGGGGCCUGAUCCUCGGCGACUUCGGCGAGGCGUUCGCCCCGGCCACGGAGCGGCGUUUCGGGAAGCACUGCAACACGCCCGUGGCGAAGAGGGCGCCCGAGACCCUCUUCGAGCCCGACGCGCCCGUGUCGUACCCGUCGGACAUCUGGAGCCUAGGGCUCGCGAUGUGGGAGAUCCUUGGCAUGAAAGCCCUCUUCGGCGAGUCUGAAACGCGGGACGAGGUCGUGGCCCAGCAGAUCGACGUCUUGGGCUCGCGGGGGUUUUCGCCGGUCUGGGCUCGGGAGUGGGAUGGGCCGCCGCAUGGUGGGGAAGAAGGGAUGCCUCGCCGGCCGGCGACGGAUGACCGAGAGACGUGGCCCCCUCUCGACGAGGCGUUUGAAUCGUUCGUGCAGAAGUACAGGAGGAGACGCGGGACAGCUGGGGUUUUUGGAGAGGAGGAAACACAGGCGGUGCUUGGCCUGAUGCGGGGCAUGCUUGAGUUCCGGCCCGAGUUCCGGCUGACGAUACAUGAGGUCCUGGGGUCCGAGUGGAUGGUCAAGUGGGCGAUGCCACAGUUGGUGGGCGGUUGAGUUUUUGAUGUCUGUCUAUUCAUGCUUCAACGCGUCUACCCUGGCACACACGACGCGUGGAUGGCAGCAUCGGCAUCAGUAGCAGCGAGAAUUAUGGCUGCCGUUUUGUCUAGUAGUACAUCAUAAUAACACCAUG